CUCACUCUUCUCUUCUUCCAUCCACAUCGCCGUUCCUUCGCCUAGUUCCAGUCUAGCAUCUCAUCUCCAAACCCAACCAUCAUGGCCUCUCUCGCAGGAUCUACUUCUGCCGGCAAGAUGACAGAACAUUCCCAAGAAAACACCAUCACCUCUCUACCCACCAUCAGUGGUAACAGAGCAUCGACCUGGACGCCCGACUCGUGGAGAUCGAAGCCGAUUGUACAAGCUGUCGACUACGAAGACACUCAGGCGGUGGCGGCAGCGACUGCAAAGCUCGAACAUCUGCCUCCACUCGUCACGCCCCGGGAAAUCUGGAAGCUGCGAAACUCACUCCGAGACGUCGCCUUGGGUAAGGCGUUCUUGUUGCAAGGCGGUGACUGCGCUGAACUCUUCGAUUAUUGCCAUGAUGGUUCCAUCGAUUCGAAGAUUAAAUUGUUGCUGCAGAUGUCGCUGGUGCUGAUUUGGGGUGGGAACAAACCAAUUGUGCGCAUCGCCAGGAUGGCGGGCCAAUAUGCAAAGCCGAGAAGCAAACCUACAGAGAUGCACGAAGGCAAGGAGAUUCCGAGCUAUCGUGGCGAUAUAUUGAACAGCUACCACCCUGAUGAUCGCAGAAUCGAUCCCGACAGACUCGUACAGGCCUACUUCCACUCCGCAGCAACUUUGAACUAUGUUCGUGCACAACUCGCCUCCGGCAUUGCAGACCUGCACAAUCCAAUGGACUGGUCUCUGGGACACGUCGGUGAUCAGGCUUUGCUAGAGAAAUACAGCAAGAUUGUCAACACGAUUCGAGAGAGCUUACGCUUCAUGAGAACCGUGGGUGCCGAUGCUGGAAGCGAUUUGAGCAGCGUGGACUUGUUCACAUCCCAUGAAGCUUUACUACUCGUAUACGAAGAAGCUCUGACUCGGAAGCUCAAGCGACCUAGCAACUCCGAUCGACCUCCCGUUCGUCGGCAGUCGGUCAUCGAUCCCAUGAAACCACAGACGGAACCCACUGGCUACUACAACACCAGCGCACACCUGAUCUGGAUCGGAGACCGGACCCGCCAGCCCGAUCACGCACACAUCGAAUACGCUCGGGGAAUUGAGAACCCCAUUGGCAUCAAAGUCGGCCCAUCGACCAAAACAGAGGAUCUCCAGCUCCUACUCGACACCGUCAACCCCAAUCGCGACGUUGGAAAAGUCAUGCUCAUCACACGAUAUGGCAAAGACAAAAUCGCAGAGAUGCUUCCCCAACACAUCGAAGCCGUGCAAAAGACGGGCCACACGGUCGUAUGGCAAUGUGAUCCCAUGCACGGCAACACCCGAUCCACCGCCGACGGGACCAAAACACGUUCCUUCCAGCAUGUCUUCGACGAGCUCGCUGCUGCGAUUCGGAUUCAUCAACGCCAGGGAACUUAUCUGGGUGGAGUCCAUUUGGAGCUCACGGGUGAUGCUGUGACGGAAUGUACUGGCGGCAGUCAAGGUAUCGAUGAUACCGACUUGAGUAAAGCCUAUCGCACAUUCUGCGAUCCUCGACUGAAUGAGAAACAGGCCCUGGAGUUGGCAUUCUUAGUCGCUGAUAGUCUCAGAGACUCUGUCGCGCCCGCUGAUGUUAAGCAGACUUGAGCAGCGAGCGACACAAGUGUAUGUUGUUGUUGACAGGCAACAUCAAGAGCCCUCUGGAAGGGGGCAAAAAACAAUAUUUUACCCUGUAGCAUUAUGUUUCAUCAAUGUAUGAGGUACAUGAAAAAGGAAAAGACCCGCCCAGUCAGAGCUUCGAAGUACCUGUACUCGUCGGCGGCAUUUCGUGUGAUUGUGACACUUCCAGAAUCAACUCUAGCGCCUCAAUUACUUUCUCAUCCUCAUACCUCCUUCCCACCAAUUGCAGCGAAAUCGGCGCAUCACGGAAUUUCUCAGCAUCAUAUAAAUCAUAAUUAUACUUAUCCUUCUCAUUUCUCGGCUGAUAACCCUCUUCCAUCCCAUCUUCUUCCGGAAGACAUUUCAAACCCGUGGGAAACACGAGAGAAGGAUAGUCGAGCAAAUUCCAUUGACUGGUGUAAUUCCAAUAUUUGGCCGUGUGGAACAAAGGUGCGACACCAGGUCCGACAGGGCACAAAAUCACAUCGACCAUUUUCUCCGCAACAUCUUGAGCGUCUUCCCCUUGCAAGAGCAUCGUCGACGAGUCUUCGUCAUCUGGUCCUGCAAGGUGAGUAUUCACACUAUUCCAAUGUCGAGUAUACGCCGUCUUAUACGCAUCUCGCUCGCACGUCAAUUUCCACACCUCGGCGAUAGUCAAGGGUUGCUGAUGAGGACUCUGCUCCAGUAUCCACUGACUCAUCGGACGCAGAGGUUCGCCUGAGGCGGACAUGGCGGCGAGUUCUUCCUGGCCGGCAUCGGCGAAGUAGAGAGAGGAGAUGAUGCGCCAGGCUUCGUCAUGCUUGUAUGCUGGGAAGGGGACGAUUUCGAUGUCAGGAUGGUGUUGGAUUCGGGAGAUGAGAGUGGUAAUGCCGCGGAGAAUGGGAGGAUGAGGUCGGACGAUACCGUCGUCUGCGAGGACGCCGAUGCGGAGUUUGCGACUGCCAUUGGCCCCACAUCGGAGGAGAGUGCCUGAUGGGUGUGACGAUGGCUGCUUCCAGGGAAGGGGGUUGAGGCUGGGAUCAUAUAACCAGGGUUUCUGAUCGAUGAGUGUCUUCAUGAAUACCUUGAUACCUUCCAGACUUGUGCUCAUAGGGCCAACAACGGGAACAAUCUGUUCUUGUCCGAGCAUUGUAGCCGCGAAGCCAUCUAAAGGCAGUCGGAAGCUCGUGGGACGCAAGCCAAACACGCCGUUGUUGGCUGCAGGGGAUCUUAUGCUUCCACCUAUGUCGGUGCCAAUUCCUAGGCAAGACCCUUUGAGACCAAGCAAUGCCCCUUCGCCUCCCGAUGAGCCCCCUGAAGUGAGAUUACGAUUGUGCGGGUUCGUUGUCACCCCGAAUAUGUUCGAUGAGCACUCCAGAUGCAUGAGGGUUUGAGGCUCAGUGGUUCUAGCAUAGAAGACUGCUCCUGCGUUGAACAGUAGCUUUACAAUCAAUGCAUCGUCGAUACCAAGCUGGCCAACCCAAGAAACAAACCCAGCGUUCAGAUCAAGACCCUUCAUUGAGAUGUGCUCCUUGACAGAGAUAGGCAGGCCAUGUAAUGGACCGAUGGGCUUUUGAUUUUCCAGGUAGUACUUGUCGAGGAAUUCGGCGCGGUCCCGGGCUUGCUGAGGCAGAAGUUCAGUAAUGCAAUUGGUGAGCUUCUGUGCUAAUCCGGCUCGCUGCAGAAAUGCUUGGGCCACCGCUGCGCUCGACAACCUUCCGGAUGCGAGCUCUUGCAGUAAGACCUCCGUGGGGAGUUCCGUGAUCUUCAGAGUGUCGGCAGCGAGUAGGCGAUGCGGCACACCAGUGACAUUUAGCGGCAAGUUGCGAGCUAUCUCUGGCAAAGCUGGAGAGACUGCGUCGAUGGUCUUUUGUCUGUGAUCUCGACAUGUCUUUGCAAUAGCAUGCCAGUCGGACUUUGUUGCUCGCUCGUGUGUAGUCAUGACCCUGUGUUAUCAGCCCUGCAGUACUAUAAUGAGUUUCCGCUGUGUAAAAUGUCAGUGGAUCUGUUCCGUCAG